AUGACCCACUGUAGUGACAAAGAAAAAGAUGAGCAGCGCGAUGCCAAGGCAGAAAAAACAAAUGAGAAGCAGAAGAGAACUGACAGCUGCCUCACCUUGACAGAGGUAAUGGUGGCCUACCAGCAGAGCUGCAGCAGACACCAGGUCCAACCGAGAGCACGCAUCCUGCAACAGCUUCAGCAGGGCGUGUGUGUAGGUGGCAGUGUGAAAUGUCUGGAUCUCAAAGGUGAGCGAUUAGACCACCGCUCCUGUGAAGCUCUGGAAAUCGUCCUGAAAUCGCUGCACUUUGAUUUCAUCAAUCUGCAAGCCCAACUGGAAGAAAAUGGAGCAUCGUCUAUGCUGGAUAUGAUUUUGUACUAUGAAUCUACAACCCAUCUUGACAUUUCUGACAACAGCAGUAUGGGAACAUCCGGUUGGAGGGCUCUCACUCAGUUGAUAAAGCAGAGUCUGUGUCUGUCCAGACUGGAUGUGUGUAAUGCGCCCAUAGUAGGCUACUGGGCCCUGUCUCUAUCCAAAGCUCUGAUGACCAGCCAGCUCACAGUGCUGCACCUUCAUAAUGCCCAGCUUAGCGGCAUGCCACUAUUCACACUGGUUGUUGCACUGAAGACAAACAGGGCUUUGCAAGAGCUCCACCUUAGCAACAACCUACUGAACAGCUACCAGGAUGCCCUGCAGCUAGGAGACCUGCUACGCUACAACACCCAUUUACACACUCUGGAGCUCAGCACUAAUUUAUUUUUUAAUCCAGGUUUGGAGGAGCUCUGUGAUGGUCUUAGGUGGCAGGUGGCAGGUCUUAAGGUCUUACUGCUGAGGAACAACCAGAUCACUGCAAAAAGCAUGGUCCAUCUGGCCAAGACACUACCAGUGCUGAAGGUCCUGCAGGUCCUGGAUUUGGGUGAGAACCUCCUGGGGAACGAGGGGAUCCAGGUCAUCAGGAUGCCUCUGAUGGUGAACUGCUCAGUGUUGUAGCUCGGCCUAGCCCAAGCCAACAUCACCGGUGAAGUGAGAUUUAAAACUACCUUUAGCAUUCAACGUUUGGACCUCCGUCAGAAUGAGGUGAAGGUUUGGGGGCUGAUGGCCUUGUGUCUGGCCCUGAGGAUCAACUGCUCUCUUGCUAGUCUGGAUUUGGAUCAUGUACCCCCACAGGAACAGUUUGACUUCUGUGGUUUGUUCAAUGAUGAUGACUCACAGGAGAACAAAUUGCGGAAGAGGAUAGAGGUCGGCAAAGAUGAGUUUCUGAUGGAAACUCAGACAAGGCUUCAGUCAGGGAUCGUCCAGUGUUGCCUCACCAAUGCCAGGCUCUCUGGCCUCGCCAUGGAAACCUCUGUGACGUUAUCUGCUGAGGUAGACGGACCAGCUGACAGAAUGACUACAGUUUGA